AAUAAGAUUAUCAAAUUAAGUAUGGGUCAUCAAAAGAAUAGGUACCCGUAGAUAACGUUCGGUAUAUAAAUGAUUUGUUUUCGUUUCGGUCGGUAUAUGUGUUUUUAAGAAACGGAAACUUUAGUGCACCAGUUGAAAGAAAAAUGGCGUUCAAAAUCACCUGCCUACUUUUGGCUCUAGUAGUAGCGUGCUACGCUAUUCCACAAGGUUACGGCGGUGACGCUGGCUUCGGUGGUCAACACGGCGGUGGACUCGGUCAAGGUCACGGCCAGGGUGGGUUCGCGGGUGACGCAGGGUUCGGAGGUCAAUCUGGCACGGGGGGUUUUGGCAACCACGGAGACCAAGCCCAUCACGAUGGAGUAGGCCGGCAUCGUCGCUACAGUCAAGGUCAAGGCGGAUUUGGUGGUGACGCAGGCUUCGGUGGUGGUCACGGACAAGGUGGACAAGGCUUCCAUGGUAGUCACGGCCAGGGUGGAUUCGGCAGCGACGCAGGCUUCGGCGGUGGUCACGGUCAGGGCGGACAAGGCUUCCAUGGUGGUCAGGGGGGAUUCGGUGGUGACUCCGGUUUCGGCGGCCAAGGGCAAGGAGGAUUCGGUGCCGGACGGGAGGGACAUCAUCAAGGAGGUUACAAAGAGCACGGAUAUUAAAUUGUUACAAAUAUGUUUAGAUAAGUAAAUAAGAUUUUAAUUAA